ACAAUAGCCCCUCUAGUGUGUAUCAGAAAAUCCGUAUAAACUGAUACGUUUGAAACCUUCACCCACAAACUAUAGUGGGUACUUAUUUUUGUAUUCUUAUUUGUAGAUUAGCGCCGGCCCGGUGGUCGUAAGGCACGCUAUUUACGUCUCGAUUGGUUUUCCUGCUGUCAGCUGCUUCCCUAUGCAUCUGCGAUCGACAGCAGACGGAACGACCUAGCAAGCUCCAUUUCCGUGGUAAACUACGGUUUCUUCGUGGCAAGGUGUAAAAUCAUAGAGGUUGUCUCCCCAGCAGUGAUGCUGGUGGCGUAGGCUCAGGGUGCAUCUCAUCUCCCAUGGAUGUUACCACCAUGGACCCAGAGUCAGCCUGCACGUCACAGCCCCAGGGGUCCCUGGGUAAAGGAGGGGGCUCCCUGCUAUCUGGCAGGGGUUUGGGCGCUGYGCUCGGCCCUCGGGGGAAGCACUACGUGUGUGGCUCCAUAGCGGCCUUCACCAACAUCGUGGUGACCUUCCCCAUCCAGAARGUUCUGUUCAGACAGCAGCUUCACGGUGUGCGGGCCAGAGAGGCCGUCAGACAACUCCAACGGGACGGGAUGAGGAAACUCUACAGGGGGCUGCUCCCUCCUCUGCUCCAGAAGACCACCACUGUAGCCAUCAUGUUCGGCUUGUACGAGGACUUCUCCCGGGUCUUAUUGGACCAGGUGCCCACCGGCAGCGGCAUUCCCGAGCUGGUGACGCGGAGCUUUGCGGCGGCGCUGGCGGGCACGGCAGAGGCUGUGCUGACGCCGUUUGAGCGUGUGCAGACUCUCCUCCAGGACCACCGGCACCACGGCCGCUUCCAAAACACGCCCCACACCUUCCGGACGCUCCUGAGCGAGUACGGUGUGAAGGAGUGCUACCGCGGCCUGGUGCCGAUCUUAAUAAGGAAUGGGCCCAGUAAUGUGCUGUUCUUCGGGCUCCGUGGGCCCAUCAAGGAGCAGCUCCCUGAGGCCUCCAGCCGGGCUGGCCACCUGGUCAAUGACUUUGUGUGUGGAGGGAUGCUGGGGGCGGCGCUGGGGAUCAUGUUCUACCCGCUGAAUGUGGUGAAGUCGCGGGCCCAGUCCCAGGUGGGGGGUGCUUUCCGCCCCUGUGGGGAGGUGUUGAUGACGGUGUGGAGGGAGAGGGGCGGCAGCGUGGCCAUGCUGUUCCGAGGGGCGCACCUCAACUACCACCGCUCCCUUCUCUCCUGGGGCAUCAUCAACGCCACAUACGAGCUUCUGCUCAGUGUUCUGAUACUGGAAGGGUCAUAGAAAGUGAGGGGGAAUAGAAAGUGAGGGGGAGAGCGAGGAAAAAGACUUGGGAAAGUGUUGUUUGAUGAUCGCAGUUGGUGCUCUUUUUUGUUGUUGUUGUUGAAACUCUGAUGUGCCCACUGCCCACCCAAACAGGUCUAGAUGGUGUAUGUGGGUGGGUAAGGGUCUAUGGCAAGUAGAAGAGGACAAAGGUUAUCUGAAAGGUGAAGUUGCGCUACUGACAAUGGUCUCCAGUCGGUGUGAGAUUAAAGAAGAGAGUCAAUUUGAGUCAUGGUAUUUAGAAGGCACUUGUAUCUACACAAGUCCUGCGUCUGGGUCCAACAUGCAACGAAAGCCUUCUUCAAUACAUUUUUGUGUGUAGUCUGAUGUGGUUCCCAGCAGAAAGUGUCAGAGGCAGUUUACUGGGUGUAAGCCUUUUUAGAGUGACGAAGAACUAUUCAUUGUGUUGACCAGUGCUUUGAUCUGUGUGCAUUGAUUAUUAGUCCCUUCAACCCCUCUCCUUUCUCUACUCUGGUCCUCUGAUUGUGAACUCUGGUAUACUGAUUUGUUGUCCAACUAUUUACCAUGUCGGUCAUCUUGGAUUAUGCACUGAUUCGACCCAUAGAGAAUGAUAGAGGCCUCUAGUGGCCAAAAGGCCGUUUUAGCAUGGGCAGCACCAUUGAGGGCUUCCACCA